UCUUCCUAAGAUUUCUCUCUGCAACAAAACGACGGCUGUCUCCUUCUCCUUUACUUCAUCUCUACUCCAUUCUCUUCACUUUCACUCCCUUCCAAAUUUCUUAAUUUUUUUAAUUUCAAUUUUUAUUUCUUUUCCUUCAAUUGAAACCCUAGAAUUUCACUUCCUUAUGGCCGAAGACUCGCCUUGCUCCACGCAACUCAUCGACGGUAACGGCAACUUCAAUGUCGAAGGCCUCGACAACUUUGUCCGUACCACCAAGCUCGCCGAUUGCGGCCUCUCCUAUGCCGUCGUCGCCAUCAUGGGCCCACAAAGUAGUGGGAAAAGUACUCUAUUGAAUCAUCUUUUCCAUACGAAUUUUAGAGAGAUGGAUGCAUUUAGAGGAAGGAGUCAGACAACUAAGGGAAUUUGGUUAGCGAAGUGUGUUGGCAUUGAGCCUUUCACUAUUGCCAUGGAUUUAGAGGGAACUGAUGGGAGGGAAAGAGGCGAGGAUGACACUGCAUUUGAGAAACAGAGUGCCUUGUUUGCUUUGGCAAUUGCAGAUAUUGUACUGAUAAACAUGUGGUGCCAUGAUAUCGGUCGGGAGCAGGCUGCCAAUAAACCUCUUCUAAAAACAGUUUUCCAGGUCAUGAUGCGUUUGUUUAGCCCACGUAAAACGACUCUUCUGUUUGUUAUACGUGAUAAAACAAAGACUCCUUUUGAAUAUUUAGAGCCUAUUUUAAGAGAAGACAUUCAGAAGAUAUGGGAUGCAGUUCCUAAACCUGAGGCCCAUAAAAGUACUCCUCUCAGUGAGUUUUUUAAUGUAAGUAAACAUUCUUCUAUUCUCUCUGUGACUGAUUCUUUUUUAUGUGGAGGNCAGCUGUUCAAGCUUUAG